ACCAAGCAGGCCAUGGCGGAGGUCCCUGGAGCCCAGCGCCCCGUGGUCGCUGGCGGCCCAGAGCCCCGGGAUCCCCUAGAUUGCUGGGCCUGUGCAGUGCUGGUAACGGCUCAGAAUCUGCUGGUGGCUGUUUUCAAUCUCCUCUUGCUGGCGCUGGUGCUGGGGACCAUCUUGCUACCUGCUGUCACCAUGUUAGGCUUCGGCUUUCUCUGCCACUCCCAGUUUCUGCGCUCUCAGGCACCCCCUUGCACCGCGCAUCUGCGGGACCCAGGGUUCACUGCCCUGUUGGUCACUGGAUUCCUACUGCUCGUGCCGUUGCUUGUGCUUGCCCUGGCUACCUACCGCCGCCUCUGCCUGCGCCUCCGCCUGGCCGACUGCCUCGUGCCCUACAGCCGAGCCCUCUACAGGCGCCGGCGCAUCUCACAGCCGAAGCAAAUCUCAGUCUCACCAGGUUCGCGGUCUGUUCCCACACCGGGAAAGGUGUGGGUCUGAGGUGCUUAUAGUCAAGAAUCCUGUCGAUUGUCCUCCUGAUCUCUCAAGGACUUGAAGCAAGCCCAGGGAUGUACUGCCCAACCCAGCUCCUUACCGCUGCCUGAGUCAGAUCCUAGCAUCCCUUUGAUGGAACAGCAGAAUGUGGGCGCAAAGCUGGCGAAAAUUCCCAUGUCCCAGAAAAUUCAUUCACAUUUGAUUCCUGAACGUUUGGGCUGGACCCUGCACAUCUUCUUUCCCUUCCCUAGUGUAAAUAGGAGAGCUAGACCUUGUGCCUUCCUUUGCUGGUGCAGCUCCUCCAGAAUUUACGGGACUGAGGGACAGGGCUCGAGAAGAAACCAUCACAAAUAAUAAAAAAUUUAUAAAAUGAA